AUAAAAUGGUCCAUCUGAGGGAGUGACAAAAGAGGAAAGAGGGAGGGAAAUGUGGAGACGAGAGGGACAGAAGGAGCAAAAGUCAUUGCUUUUUUCAUGCAGUGCUCCCUCACUCCUUUCGUCCCAGCGACUCCAAGUGAGAACAACAGAUAAGGAUGCUGUUCUUCAGCUCCCUAUCCACCAUCUUCCUGCUGCUGCUUCUCUACCCCUCUGAGGUGCCUGCACAGGAGGUGAAACUGCGGCUUGCAGGUACAGGCCGCCGCGACGCCAACGAAGGGCGUCUGGAGGUGUUCUACAAUGGCGUUUGGGGCACAGUGUGUGACGACCAGGUGGAUCUGAACCUGGCUAAUGUGGUGUGCAGACAGCUAGGCUUUCAACACAGUUUAACCUGGGCGCACAGUACCAAGUUUGGUCAGGGACAAGGUCAGAUCUGGUUGGACAAUGUCAACUGCAGAGGCACUGAGCGCUCUAUUGCAGAAUGCGCCUCCAAUGGCUGGGGAGUCCAUGACUGUACCCAUGCUGAGGACCUGGGGAUCAUUUGUAGCCCCUUAAGGAGCAAUGGUGCUUCAGCAGGGGAGGCCCCUUCCUCCUCCAGACAUGAGCAGGGACAACCAAGACAGAGAACCCCGCAACGAGCAGCUCCGCCACCAGUCUCAUCUUACACCCCCUCUUCUCUCAGUCGAGGCCACGAGAUCGCCCUCAACCGCAACACGCCAUCUUCGCGCCGCAACAGGAUCUCGCCGCAGGAGAACGGCCAUGAGAUACAGAUCCCACGAAGGUAUAGAGGGCAAACACAUCCACAUGGGCAGCAGGUAUCGUCACAGCCGGCAAGCAGUACCAGCCAAAGGCGGGAGGAGGAGACGCCGAGAAGAGGACCACCUGCAUCGAGGCGCCAGACUGAGAGACAGUCGAACAGGCAGACAUAUUCCCCGACCCAGUCUGAGAGGUAUCAGCCAGAUAGCGGGAACCAUAUUGAACCAGACCCUGUUUAUCCAGAUAUGGGACUGGAGAUGGAUACACAGUACAUCCAGAGUUCUGACAGUGUUCAGCUGGCUGAGGCCCGACUACGGGCUGUGCUAUCCGGCAGCCGCGGCGGUCUGGUGACCGAGGGAGUGCUGGAAGUGAAGCAUGCUGGGAAAUGGCGUCAUGUGUGCAGUCACGGCUGGGACCUCAGCAGCAGCCGCGUCGCCUGUGGCAUGUUGGGAUUCCCUUCUGCCGAGGCGUUUGAUCAAAACGCCUACAGGAAACUGUGGGACUCCAAACUAGCAGAUCCAUCAUCCAGACUGGGAACACAGAUCACCAAGAAGGCCUACUGGGUGGAGAGGGUGCAGUGUCAGGGAGUGGAGGUCUCCUUGUCACAGUGCCAGGCUCAGCUGUCCCUCCGCAGGAGAGACGGUCCGUGCGCGGGCGGCAUGCACGCUGUCGUCCGCUGUGUCCCUGGAGCACAGUUUGCACGCAAUGGCCGACGAUAUGCAUCCCCCAUGUCGAGUAAUGUGCGUCUAAAGGCGGGGGCCCGCCUUGGCGAGGGUCGCGUGGAGGUUCUGAAAGAGGGCAAAUGGGGCACUGUGGCAGACCACCUGUGGGAUAUCACCGAUGCAAGCGUUGUCUGCAGAGAGCUGGGCUUCGGAACGGCCAAGGAGGCCCUGACCAGGGCCCAGCUGGGAGAGGGUUCCGGUCCCAUCCACAUGAACAGUGUACAGUGCACAGGCAUGGAGAGGUCCCUAACAGAAUGCACAUCCAAACCGGUGCCGCUCUACACCAUCAAGCACAGCCAGGAUGUGGCGGUGCGCUGCAAUGUCCCCUACACUGGCACACAGACCACGGUGAGACACACGUCCGCAAGUUACACGGGCCAAUCUACGGCAGUGUUCAGUCAUGCAAAGCGUAUUCUUUGCCUUCAGGUGAGACUGGCAGGAGGCAGAGACAAAUCCGAGGGCCGCGUGGAGGUGUGGAUGGAGGUCGGAGGAGUGAAGCGCUGGGGCUCUGUCUGCAGCGAGAACUGGGGCAUCAACGAGGCCAUGGUGGUGUGCCGACAGCUUGGCUUGGGUUUCGCCUCCAGAGCUCACCAGGAGACUUGGUACUGGGCGGGCUCCAGUGAUGCCCGUGAUGUGGUUCUGAGUGGAAGUCACUGUGGGGGCUCUGAGCUGUCCAUCCAGCAAUGUCGUAAAAACACAAAUGUCUACUGUCCCAGAGGUGGCGACGGCAGAGCCGCUGGAGUCACCUGCGUGGACACGGCUCCUGACCUGAUCGUAGAUGCCCAGCUGCUCCAGGAGUCAUCUUACCUGGAGGACAGACCCCUUCACCUGCUCUCCUGUGCCAACGAAGAGAACUGCCUCUCCUCUUCUGCUGCCAGGAUGAACUGGCCUUACGGACAUCGCCGACUGCUGAGAUUUUCCUCCCGUAUCAUGAAUACUGGCCGUGCUGAUUUCCAACCUCGGGCCUCCAGAGAGAACUGGAUUUGGCAUCAGUGUCACAGGCACUACCACAGCAUUGAGGUGUUUACCCACUACGAUCUGCUGACCCUCAAUGGAACCAGGGUGGCUGAGGGUCACAAAGCCAGCUUCUGUCUGGAGGACACCUUCUGCCCCGAUGGCCUCCAGAAGCGGUAUUCCUGCUACAACAUGGGUCAGCAAGGCAUCUCAGUCGGCUGCUGGGAUACUUACCGCCACGACAUUGACUGCCAGUGGAUCGAUAUCACAGACGUGCGACCUGGCGAAUAUGUCUUCCAGGUGGAGGUCAACCCAUCUUUGGAUAUGGCUGAGUCCGAUUUCAAGAACAAUGUGAUCCGCUGCAGGUGUAAAUAUGAUGGAGUGCGCGUUUACAUGUUCGGAUGCCAUGCAGGUGACGCUUACAGCGCUGAUAUCGAGGACUUGUUUGACCACCAGCGUCAGAUCACCAACAAUUUCCUGUGAAUGGAUGAUCACACAGAUACAGGGACAGAAGAACCAUUUAACUCCUCAGCACACCUCAACAUCACAAGACAGAAGAGGUCGAGAGACAGAAUAAAUGACAGGGCGAGUGGGAUUUUGGAGGGAAAGGAAGAAUUUUGGUACCCGGUGACUGUCUAUCAGUGGCAGUUCAAGUCAAAUGAUUGAAGGAGAAAUGUUGAGAAAUAGAAAAAAAGGAAAGCACGCAUCAAACAAAACAUUGACUAAUUUACAUUUUAUAACCAUUUGAAAUGAUUUGGAUUUCUUUUUUUCAAUAUAUAAAAAUUAAAACAUGACCACAGUACAUAAAGACAUGAAGGCACCACAUUGACACAGGUAACAACUGUCUGCUUGCAUUCACUUUCCAAUUGCAAAUGCAUUUUUUUACUGUUACACCUGUGUGCUUUUUGGUUUUGAAUGAGAAUCCACAUUUAUUUUUUUUAACUCCAUGGUGCUAUUUUGCCUUCUUUUAAUAAAUAUUGUAAAGUAUUGCACAUGUAUUGUCAUGUACAGUUUUAUAUUACCUCUCUGGAAUAAUGUUAGGUCUCUAAUUUAUGCAGAUUUUAUUGUACUUUUGAGUUGGCAUUGUCCGUGCGUGGCUGUGUUUUGUAUUGUUAAUUUUAUUAUGAGAGAUCAUUUACUUGUUUGUUCUUCACCUGUUCAACAAUGGUAACAUCAGAUGAGACCUGGAUGCGCCACAGUAGUGCGCCUUAAACAUUACUUAAAUUGUAGAGCAAGAAUAAACAUCAGAAUGACAAACA